GGUUGCAUGAUUGUUUUUUAGAUGGAAUUCCAUGAGCUGCAACCUGCAGUCGAGCAGCGAGCGAAGAUUUAUUAGAUUUUACAUCAAUAUUUUUUUUUGCAGAAUUCGCUAUACUCUAUAUAUUUUAGCUCAUCGAGAUCCCAACAAGAGCUGGCUGCAAACUUCUCCCAUAUUUCCUGGAAGAAUGGACAUCAAGAUCCCGUUUCUUGCCUUCUUCUUCCUCGUGCUCCUCCACAAGCUCAUCAGGAGCUACAUCGCGCCGCCCUCACGCAGCACAAAGCCACCGGCGCUCCGCCUCCCCCCGGGGCCAUGGCAGCUGCCGCUCAUCGGCAGCCUGCACCACCUCCUCCUCUCGCGCUUCCGCGACCUCCCUCACCGGGCCCUGCUCGAGAUGUCCGGCACGUUCGGCCCGCUCAUGCUGCUCCGCUUCGGUGCCGUGCCCACGCUGGUGGUCUCCUCCGCCGAGGCCGCCAGGGAGGUGAUGAAGACCCACGACCUCGCCUUCUGCAGCCGCCACCUGAGCGCCACCAUCGGCAUCAUCAGCUGCGGCGGCAAGGACAUCAUCUUCUCCAACUACAACGAGCGCUGGCGCGAGCUCCGCAAGCUGUGCAUGCUCGAGCUCUUCAGCCAGCGCCGCGUGCUCUCCUUCCGCCCCGUCCGGGAGGAGGAGGUGGCGAACCUCCUCCGCUCCGUCUCCGGCGAGUGCGGCGGCGGCCCCGUCAAUCUCAGAGAAGGGAUCUGCCACGCGAUCAACGACAUCGCCGUGCGCACGGCCAUCGGCAACCGGUGCAAGUACCAGGACGAGUACCUGCACGAGCUCGAUGAGGCCGUGCGGCUCACCGGCGGGUUCAACCUUGCCGACCUGUACCCGUCGUCGCGGCUGGUGCGCCGGCUCAGCGCUGCCGCGAGGGACAUGGAGAGGUGCCAGAAGAACAUGUACCGUAUCAUUGAGUGCAUCAUCCAGGAGCGCAAGGGCUCGCCGACGCCGGAGCGAGAGGAUGACCUUCUUGGUGUCCUCUUGAGGCUGCAGAGGGAAGGUGGCCUGCAGUUCGAUCUCACCAACGAGAUAGUCAGCACCGUCAUUUUCGACAUAUUUUCUGCCGGGAGUGAGACGUCAUCAACCGUGCUGGUAUGGGCAAUGGCCGAGCUUGUUAAGAACCCGCGAGUCAUGCACAAGGCCCAGGCAGAGUUGAGGGAGACCUUCAAAGGACAGGACAAGUUAACUGAAGGUGACAUGGUCAAGUUAAGGUACCUGCAUCUGGUGAUCAAGGAGACCUUAAGGCUCCAUGCUCCGGUGCCACUCUUGCUGCCCCGAGAGUGCCGCCAGACAUGUCAGGUCAUGGGCUACGAUAUCCCAAAAGGAACCAAGGUGUUUGUGAACGUCUGGGCGAUAGCAAGGGACAGCAAGCUCUGGCAGGACGGAGAUGAAUUCAGGCCGGAAAGAUUUGAUGGUAGCAGCAUCGACUUCAAGGGCACCCACUUUGAGUACACCCCGUUUGGGGCAGGCAGGAGGAUAUGCCCUGGCAUCACACUCGGACUCGCCAACACGGAGCUCUUGCUCGCUAGUCUUCUUUAUCAUUUUGAUUGGGAGCUGCCUGAUGGUGUGAAGAUGGAAGAACUUGACAUGGCAGAGGCGUUUGGUAUAACGUUAAGAAAGAAGUCGCGGCUCUGGCUGAAGGCUAAGCCUCACAUUAAUGUUAUAUCAAAUUAAUCCGUCGAUCUGUUUCUGUUGUGAACUGUAUGUUUUCUUUUAGAGGAAGUGAACUAUAGUUAAUGAAUCAUUGCUACUUAUUUUGUUGCGACAAAGAGUGCAACUGUAAUUGUAGUAUCAGUUUGUAUCAGAAGAAAAUAAAUUUAUGCAUACUUUUGGUCCUGUGCUUUCUGUUUUAUUGUAAUGCUUCACUUUUGA